AUGCCCGCGGCACGGGCAGAAGCGAUAGAAACAACAUCAACCUCUACACGAUCAAUGCGAGGGGCCUCAACUCCCCACACAAACGGGCCAGGGCACUGCGAGAGAUCAGAGAUACUGGGGGUAUCGAUCACCUUCUUCCAGGAAACCCACUUCCAUGCACCCCAGGCUCCUAAGUUCUCCAACAGAUACACACACAACCCCUCAAAUAAAUCCAAGGGAGUGGUUAAACUGCUCUCGGCGGACAUUCAGUUUCAGUUGGAAGCGGAGGUAAAGGACACGGAAGCGGAGGUAAAGGACCUCUUUCUCAAAGGGAAAAUAGGCGACUCCAGAAUCACACUGGCGAACUUAUACCUCCCGAAUAAGGGCCAGAAGCAGUUCCUGACCUCCGCCCUGAGAACCCUGGAAACAUUUGGAGAAGGAGCCGUCAUAAUCGGAGGGGACUUCAAUGCCCCAGACCUUCAAUGUCCAGAACGGACACAUUGA